AUGGAAGGAAAAAAGGAAUCACAGCAACUGAAGCAAGGUAACCAAGAGGCCCCAGCUCCCCCUGAAGCCAUGGCCCAACCCUUCCCACAGGCCCAGUACCCCCCUCCUCCACAGAAUGGGAUCCCAGCUGAGUAUGCCACGCCCCACACCCACCCACCGGCAGAAUACAGAGGACCAAGCACGGUGGCCGAGCACACCCUGACACUCUACACGCCUACACACACACAGAGCGAACAGCCGGGAAAUGACAGCAACACCCCCACUCUCACAGCCAACACAGUAACCCAGGCAGAGGAGGUUGCACAGACGGAGGGCUCCCAACAGCUCCACCUGCAGUCCAGCGAUUCAUUGGAAAAGCAGCAGCCAAAGAGGUUACAUGUCUCCAACAUCCCUUUCCGUUUCCGAGACCCUGACCUCCGGCAAAUGUUUGGGCAAUUUGGCAAGAUUUUAGACGUGGAGAUUAUUUUUAAUGAGCGAGGCUCCAAGGGCUUUGGGUUUGUAACAUUUGAAACGAGUGCAGAUGCUGACCAUGCACGGGAGAAACUAAAUGGUACAAUCGUAGAGGGACGCAAAAUAGAGGUCAACAAUGCCACAGCCAGAGUAAUGACAAACAAAAAGGUGGCAAACCCUUAUACAAAUGGCUGGAAGCUGAAUCCAGUGGUUGGAGCGGUAUAUGGCCCUGAAUUUUAUGCAGUGACAGGGUUUCCAUACCCCAGUACAGGAGCAGCUGUGGCCUAUAGAGGGGGCCAUUUGAGAGGGAGGGGACGCGCCGUCUAUAACACGUUCCGUGCUGCACCUCCUCCUCCACCCAUCCCUGCCUAUGGAGCUGUGGUCUACCAGGAUGGCUUUUAUGGAGCAGAAAUAUAUGGAGGGUAUGCAGCUUACAGAUAUGCCCAGCCAGCUGGUACUGCUGCAGCUGCAUACAGUGACAGUUAUGGCAGAGUCUAUGCAACAGCAGACCCAUAUCACCAUACGAUUGGUCCUGCAGCCACAUACAGUGUGGGCACUAUGGCUAGCCUUUACAGAGGAGGGUGCAGUCGCUUCACUCCCUACUAGAAAAGAGAGAGACACGCCCCCUUUCCUUCCCCGCAAAACAGACCAAAAAAAUCAGCAACAAAUG